AUGUCAGACACACGCCGAAGACCGAAUGCGCAGGCAUCAAAGAACGCUGACGACCCCCUGGUACUGCCUCCGGGUAUCAGCUCACAUACGUUCAAGGAUUUCAUUGUGAGGGUCACAGACAUCGUUGGCGAACAUGACGUGAAUGUGAUCAAGGACGCCCAACAACUAGGCAAGGACAGCUAUCUCGACCCCAGCAAGGUGCACGACAUGUUCUACAUCGCCGAUGAAGACUACUUUGUCAGCUCAGCCGUUGUGGCGCCGCGAAACGUCCAGGACGUCCAGGCCAUCGUACGGCUUGCCAACGAGUUCGAGGUCCCCUUGUGGCCGUUCUCGAUUGGGAGGAAUGUCGGCUACGGUGGCGCCGCGCCUCGGGUGCCUGGGAGCGUCGGGCUGGACAUGGGCAAGAACAUGAACAAAGUUCUCGAGGUCAAUGUGGAUGGCGCCUAUGCCCUAGUCGAACCGGGCGUCACCUUCGCCGACUUACACAAUCAUUUGGUCCAGAACAACCUCCGAGACAAGCUUUGGGUCGACGUCCCUGACCUAGGAGGUGGAUCAGUGUUGGGGAACACGAUUGAAAGGGGCGUUGGAUAUACGCCCUACGGUGAUCACUGGAUGAUGCAUUGCGGUCUUGAAGUCGUCCUCCCGGAUGGCAAUCUACUUCGCACGGGCAUGGGUGCUCUACCUGAGCCCGGAGCGGAUGCUAGCCUACCCGUCGACCAACAACCGGCGAACAAGUGUUGGCAGCUUUUCAACUACGGGUUUGGACCGUACAACGACGGCAUCUUUACGCAGUCGUCGCUAGGGAUUGUGGUUAAGAUGGGCAUGUGGCUGAUGCCUAACCCGGGUGGGUAUCAAUCGUACCUUAUCACCAUCCCACGCGACGAGGAUCUUCAUCAAGCGGUUGAAAUUAUCCGACCACUGCGGACAGCCAUGGUAUUGCAAAAUGUACCUACUAUUCGGCAUAUCCUACUUGACGCGGCAGUUGUGGGAGAUCGAAAGGCGUACAGUGACUCCGAUAAGCCACUCACGGACGCCGAAAUGGACGCCAUCGCCAAGAAGCUCAAUCUGGGUCGGUGGAACUUCUAUGGUGCUCUAUAUGGACCUGCUCCAAUUCGAGAUGCGCUGUGGCAGAUAGUGAAGGCCUCGUUCUCUGUCAUUCCUGGAGCUAAAUUCUGCUUCCCCGAGGACGUGCCCGAAAGCAAGGUUCUGCAGAUCCGGCAUGACACAAUGCAGGGCAUCCCGAGCAUGGACGAGCUAAAGUGGGUGGACUGGCUUCCAAACGGAGCGCACUUAUUCUUUAGCCCGAUUGCCAAAGUCACAGGCGACGAUGCCAUGGCUCAGUACAAGGUCAGCCGAGCACGGUGCGAGCAGUUCGGCUUCGACUUCAUCGGCGACUUUGUCAUCGGAAUGCGCGAGAUCCACCAUAUCGUCUGUAUCGUCUUUGACCGGAAGGACCCCAAGCAGCGCCGCAACGCCCACGAAUUAAUCCGUACCCUCAUCGACGACGCCGCGAAGCGCGGCUGGGGUGAGUACCGGACCCAUCUGGCCCUGAUGGACCAGAUCGCCGGGACCUACAACUUCAACAACAAUGCACAAAUGAAGUUGAACGAAGCCAUCAAGAAUGCCCUGGAUCCCAAGGGCAUUUUGGCUCCGGGCAAGAACGGAAUUUGGCCCAAGUCUUACGAUGCGGAUGCUUGGAAAGUGCCUUUGUAA